CGUGUGUUGUUCUCUCUUUUUGUCAAAUAGGCUUUUGUUUUCUUCUCUCUCUCAGAUCAUAUUCAGAGACCAUCAUCAAACAGAUAUUUGUCUCUGUUCUUUCCCUUUUUCAGAAGAAUAAGAUUCUCUCUCUCUCUCUCUCUCUCAAUGUUCUUCUCUUGAGGUAAUCGAUUUUGUUUGUUGGUUGUGUGAUUCAGAGAGAGAGAGACACAAUGGAAGCUGUUCUUCAAUCAAGGGGGCUUCACUCUCUCCCAACUAAUCCCAGAAACAGGUUUCUCCACUCAUCACAAGGCUUAAAGCACAGAUUUUUCACACCAAAACCAAAAACCCUUGAUGGGUCUUCUCUAACAAUUAACAAUGGAUUAUUAUUCCCCAAACCGAUUAAUGGGUUUCCCUCAAAAUCUAACAUUUAUCAUGGGUUUUCCAAAAAUGAAAAAACUUUGUUCCUUUGCAAAGCUGAGGCGGCUGCUGCUGCUGAUGGGUCUGGUGGAGAAGCUGAGAAACAAAAGUUUGUGGGAAUUGAGUUAGCCACACUCAAGAAAAUUGUUCCCUUGGGGUUGAUGUUCUUUUGCAUCUUGUUCAAUUACACAAUCCUGAGGGACACAAAGGAUGUUCUUGUUGUUACUGCAAGAGGGAGCAGUGCUGAGAUCAUACCAUUCUUGAAGACAUGGGUGAAUCUUCCCAUGGCUAUUGGGUUCAUGUUGUUGUACACAAAAUUGGCCAAUGUUUUGUCAAAACAAGCACUUUUCUACACUGUGAUUGUUCCAUUCAUUGCUUUCUUUGGUGCUUUUGGGUUUGUUUUGUACCCUCUCAGCAACUAUAUCCACCCUGAGGCUCUUGCUGACAAGCUUCUCAACAUCCUUGGACCAAGGUUCCUUGGUCCUCUUGCAAUCAUGAGGAUUUGGAGCUUCUGUUUGUUCUAUGUCAUGGCUGAAUUGUGGGGGAGUGUGGUCAUUUCAGUGUUGUUUUGGGGGUUUGCUAAUCAGAUAACUACAGUUGAUGAAGCAAAACGGUUCUACCCAUUGUUUGGACUUGGGGCCAAUGUUGCCCUCGUGUUCUCUGGCCGGACAGUGAAAUACUUUUCUAAUUUGAGGAAGAAUUUAGGUCCCGGAGUCGAUGGUUGGGCCAUCUCACUAAAAGCAAUGAUGAGCAUAGUCGUGCUUAUGGGACUUGUGAUCUGUUUCCUGUACUGGUGGGUGAAUAAUUUCAUUCCUCUUCCUACACGUAGCAAGAAGAAGAAGGAGAAACCGAAAAUGGGAACAAUGGAGAGCUUGAAAUUCUUGGUGUCCUCAAAUUACAUCAGGGAUCUUGCCACUUUAGUGGUUGCAUAUGGAAUUAGCAUUAAUCUUGUUGAGGUGACAUGGAAAUCUAAGCUCAAAGCUCAGUUUCCUAGCCCUAAUGAAUACUCUUCUUUUAUGGGCGACUUCUCGACCGCAACUGGUAUUGCCACAUUCACAAUGAUGCUUCUAAGCCAAUUUAUAUUUGAGAAAUAUGGAUGGGGAGUUGCUGCCAAGAUCACACCGACGGUCCUUCUAUUGACCGGAGUUGGCUUCUUUUCUCUUAUAUUGUUCGGAGACCCUCUUGGCCCUGCUCUCGCAAAGUUUGGAAUGACGCCACUAUUAGCAGCUGUGUAUGUUGGUGCCAUGCAGAACAUAUUCAGCAAGAGUGCUAAAUACAGCUUAUUUGAUCCCUGCAAAGAAAUGGCCUACAUACCCUUGGAUGAAGAUACCAAGGUUAAAGGGAAGGCAGCAAUUGAUGUUGUGUGCAACCCAUUGGGAAAAUCCGGAGGUGCUCUUAUUCAGCAAUUCAUGAUCUUAACUUUCGGAUCACUAGCCAAUUCGACUCCAUACCUUGGAGGGGUGCUUCUGGCGAUUGUUCUUGCGUGGUUAGGCGCAGCCAAGUCCUUGGACACUCAGUUUACCGCAUUGCGCCGGGAAGAAGAACUCGAGAAAGAGAUGGAAAGAGCAUCUGCUGUUAAGAUACCGGUAGUGUCCGAGGACAAGGAUGGAAACGGUUCUCUUUCGAGCAGCUCACCGUUAAAUCCGGCAUCUGAUGACUCAUCAAGUAGUCCAUCCGAAUCCUCAUCGGAAUCCUCAUAUCCUCGCAAUAAUUAGAAGAAAAAAGAAAAAGAAAAAGAAGGAAAUGCUUCUUUCUAUGAAAUUUCCUGACAGGGAGAAUAAUUUUAACUGUUGAGUGCAGUGAUAGGUUAAAAACAAGAAGAAAAGUAAUGACAUUGUUGUAGGGUUAUGACUAAGCUUAUAGAAUAAUGAGUUUGAAGUUUACUCAUCAGGAUCACAUUAUUUUUUUGUUUCCCACAGAUAAAAGAUGAGUUUGUUUUACUCCUCACUAGUUACUAUCAUCAAGGUUUACCAAUUUGGUUAACCACUUUGAAUUUACUUAUGAAAUAUAGAACUUUUGUAAUAAUAGUAGUGUAUGUAUGGUAUGUAUUUAUUUCUGAAAUU